CGCCGCGGCCGCCGCUCACUCCCCCCGUGACGGGCGUCCCGGCGGCACCGGGGGGCGUCCGCGCCGCCGCCGCCAUGAGCGGCCCUUACCCCGAGGAGAGCUGCGCCGAGCGCCCCGACUGCAAGAGCAAAUCGCCUACGCUGCUCUCCUCCUACUGCAUCGACAGCAUCCUGGGCCGCCGCAGCCCCUGCAAGGUGCGGCUGCUGGGCGCAGCUCCCAGCCUGCCCGCGGGGGCCGCCCGCUCAGAGCCCCCCGACGGCGCCGCGCAAGGCUCCCCGAAGAGCAGCCCCCCCUUCGAGCCGGCCGAGCUGCACUUGCCCCCCAAGCUGCGUCGGCUGUACGGGCCGGGCGGCGGGCGGCUGCUGCCGUCGGGGCCGCGCGGGGAGCGGCCGGAAGGGCGGCCGGAGGGAGGCGCCGGGGCCGGGGCGGCGGCCGGGGCAGGGGCCGGUCCCGCGCCGUGGGACACGCUGAAGAUCAGCCACGCGCCGCAGGUUAGCAUCAGCCGCAGCAAGAGCUACCGCGAGAACGCGCCCUUCGCGCCGCCGCCGCCCGCCCGUGACGAACCGGGGAGCGGAGCCUCGCACGUCGAGGAGCGGCCCGGCCCCGCCGCGCCGGCCGCCGGGGAGGAGGAGGAGGACGAGGAGAUGCUGGAGGAGGAGGAGGACGAGGAGGAAGAGGAGCUGGAGGAGGACGACGAGGAGGAGCUGCUGGGCGAGGACGGCGGGGGGCUGCUGGAGGAGGCCCGCCGGGGCGCGGGAACGGCGCAGGGGGCGGAGGGCGGGGGGCUGUCCCCCAAAGAGGAGCUGCUGCUGCCGCCCGAGGACGGCGAGGGCAAGGACGGCGAAGAGAGCGUGUGUCUGUCGGCCGGCAGCGACUCCGAGGAGGGGCUGCUCAAGAGGAAGCAGCGCCGCUACCGCACCACGUUCACCAGCUACCAGCUGGAGGAGCUGGAGAGGGCCUUCCAGAAAACGCACUACCCCGACGUCUUCACCAGGGAGGAGCUGGCCAUGCGGCUCGACCUGACCGAAGCCCGAGUGCAGGUAUGGUUCCAGAACCGUAGGGCUAAGUGGCGGAAGAGGGAAAAGGCUGGGGCUCAGACACACCCCCCAGGUUUGCCUUUCCCUGGUCCCCUGUCCGCACCUCACCCCCUCACUCCGUACCUUGAUGCUAGUCCUUUCCCUCCUCACCACCCAGCUCUAGACUCCGCCUGGACCGCCGCCGCCGCCGCCGCCGCGGCCGCCGCCUUCCCGGGCCUGCCGCCUCCUCCGCCCGGCUCCGCCGCGCUGCCCCCCGCCGGGACCCCGCUCGGCCUCGGCACCUUCCUGGGCGCGGCCGUGUUCCGGCACCCCGCCUUCAUCAGCCCCGCCUUCGGCAGGCUCUUCUCCACCGUGGCCCCGCUGGGCAGCGCGCCCGGCGCCGCCGCUCUCCUGCGGCAACCGGCGCCUGCGGCGGCCGAGGGCGCGGUGGGCGCGGGGCUGGGGGAGCCGGGCAGCGCCGCCGCCGACCGGCGCGCCUCCAGCAUCGCGGCGCUGCGCCUGAAGGCCAAGGAGCACGCGGCGCAGCUGACGCAGCUCAACGUGCUGCCCGGCGGCGGAGCGGGGAAGGAGGUGUGCUGAGCCGCCGGGCGGCCAGGGCGGCCAGGGCGAGCGGAGCCAGACCGAACGGGAGUGUGAAUAGUAAUCGUAAUUAAGAACGAGAAUCGCGGGGAGAGGAAAGGAGAGGAGAGGAGAGGAGAGGAGAGGAGGACCGGCGGCGGAGCCCCGAUAACGUUGUCCCGGCGGCAGCGCCGUGCGCCGCGUUUCCCCCCUCCGUCCGUCUCCGGUGCUAACGCCGAACGAAGAGCGGCGCCGGAGCGCGGCGAACCAAAGGGAACGGCACUGCCGGGGCGCGGGGCCGCGACUCUGUACAUAGCGUUGUUAUAAAAAAACGGAAAGGAAACCGACGCACUGCAGAGCUUUGUAUAUUUGAGAUGACGAUGUUAUAAAGGCGUUGCACUCGGAGUCGCGGUGUGCGCGUCUGUGGCUGCGCGGGGCCGCGGGGGCCCGGGAGGCGGCGGCGCGGGGCGCUCCGUGCGCGGCGGGCGUUGCGACGGCGGGCGGGGGGGCGGCGAGGGGCGACCGGGUGUAUUGAACAGCGAAGAGGAAAAAAGAGGGAAAAAAAAGGACACACACAAACAUACAAAAAAAAAAAACAAAAACCCAAAAAUGAAACCGCACAGCGCCGGAGGCGGCCGCACGCCGCGUUCGGGCGUCUCCGAGCGCCUUUCCCCCCCUUCAUUCAUUCCUCUUUUAUAUUUAUGUAUCCCUCCUUUUUCUUAUUUGCUUUUGUAUCGUUUACUUUGUAGUAAUUGCUCUUUUCUUUUUUUAAUUAUUAUUUACUUUUAACGAUUUCCCUUUUGUCUUUCAUUUUGUUUUGUUUUUACUUUGAAUUUUCGCUGUCUAUUUUACUUUUCUUUCCUUCGGUGAUAUGCUCGAAAGCGGCCGCGGCCGUCGCAACCCGGGGCGGCUCCGCUGGGUUCUCCCGGCUCCCGUGCGAGCCCCGGGCAAAGCCCCGCACGCGGGCACACACGCGCACUGCAAACCCCGGCGCUACUGGGGGUCUCCAAAGCCACCACGAGCGCAAUAAUACCGAUAACGAUAAUACCAAUAAAAUGUAAUGGGGAAAGUCA